GACCGGAUCCAACCCGGCACCCAUGGAUUCCCAAUCUUUAGAAUUUCACAAUUAAAAGCGGGCCCCAACAAAGGAUAAAGGUCAAAGAUUGGAUUGAUCAAGAUAAUAGAGUUUGGAUCUCGGACACUAUUAGAGGCCACGUUUCUAAUGAGGAAUUUGAUGCUAUUUUGAGAGUUCCAAUUGGGGAGGAAGGAGCUGAUGAUUUUUGGGCUUGGAAUCUUACAAAAGAAGGAAUGUUCUCGGUUAAGACGGCGUACCACGCUUUUCACAAAGCGAACACUAACUUCCAACCGAUGGGUACUAUGGACAAAUGGAAAUGGAUUUGGGGCCUGAACCUCCCUCCUAAGCUUAAGUUCUUCAUCUGGAGGUGCUCCAGGAAUGGGCUGGCGACUAAAGCGAGGCUUUUUCAUCGGAAAUGUGCCCCAAACCCGAAUUGUCAAGUAUGCAAUAGCUUAAACGAGUCCAUUUUGCAUUGCCUCUUCUACUGCCCUCAUGCCAGUGAAGUUUGGAUCAACGUCUUUCCUUCUAUCCCUCUCCCUCCCCAGGACUCUUCGUUCUUUGAUUGGAUUUGUGCUAUUAAGGAUACCAUUUCACAAGAAUCCUUUAUCCAUAUCGUUUUCCUUUGCUGGAAUAUAUGGAAGGCAAGGAAUGAAUGUACGUUCAAGAAUAGCCUUGGCUCCCGAACGUCGGUCUGCAAACGUACAGAGAACUCUCUGAAUGGAUUUCUUGCCCAAGGCCUAAUCCCCCUACCCCUGCCUCGUCGACUCAGCUUAGGGGAACCCAUUCCACUACGACUUCCCCGCCAAGUAAUCAUCCUAUGGAGAUUCACUGUGAUGGGUCGUUCUUUAGCGACUCCCAGUCAGCGGCUUAUGGUGUUGUUGCGGUUAACCACCAUGGACAAGUGUGUGAUGGGCGAGCUGAGACUCUUCUUUGUUCCACCCCGAUUGAAGCGGAAGCAAAGGCUCUCUUAGAAGGUUUAAAAUUAGCACAAGAAUAUGGAUCAGAAUGCAUUGUCCAAUCUGACUGUCAGGUGCUGGUGAAAGCAUUGGAUAAAGAGAAAUCAGGAUGACCAUGGCGCUGUGCAGCAUGGAUUGGUUCGAUGAUUAGUAUCCUCAGGAUAAAUCAUGGCAUUAAAGUCAUAGAGGUGCCACGAGCAUUGAAUGUCAGAGCGGAUUGGGUGGCACGAUCAAAAGCGAGAUCUAAUCUGCCUGAUGACUGGAUUAAUAUUUUUGAUCUAAUUUCUGAUCUUCUUUGAUAUUGUAAUUUGCAUUAAUUGUUCGAAAGUGGAAUAAAAGUUGGAUUAAUUGUAAAAAAAAAAAAAAAUCCAAAGCGCACUGUCCAAACGGGCAGGUGGCAGUGGCAAUGGGAAUCGGGGCAGGUCACACAGCCACGACAGAGCAGGCAAGACAAAUUCAAUUCAAUUCAAUUCAAUUCGAAAAGGAAAGAAAAGGAAGCCAUCACCCAAUCCUCGCCUGCUCCCUCUCUCCUCUACCAUAUUUCAAACCACCAUCUUCUCUCUCUCUCUAGAAGUUAGGGUUGCUCUCCGAAUCCUUCUACUACCUCAUUGAUUCAGUUCACAAAACCUACUCCCCAUUUCCUUCAAUGGCGGUUCCUGCCGGCUGUUAGACUCCCCGAUCUCCGGAAUUCUCCAGCUGGUGAUGAGCUUCGUCGACCCCGAGACUGUCAUUUGACUCCGAAUCUUGAGGCCGCGAAGGGGCGAGCUGAAACAGCAGCAUUUUGCGUCGCUUUGGUGCUUUCAGCGGGAGUAGAGAGAUCUGACCCGCUGCACCUGGAAAUGAGCGCGUCGAGGUUCAUCAAGUGCGUGACCGUCGGCGAUGGCGCCGUUGGCAAGACCUGCCUGCUUAUUUCGUACACUAGCAACACUUUCCCCACGGAUUAUGUGCCAACUGUAUUCGACAAUUUCAGUGCGAAUGUUGUUGUGGAUGGAAGCACUGUCAACUUGGGGCUAUGGGAUACUGCUGGUCAGGAGGAUUACAAUAGACUGAGGCCAUUGAGUUACCGAGGAGCGGAUGUCUUUAUUCUUGCAUUUUCACUUAUUAGCAAGGCUAGCUAUGAAAACAUUGCUAAAAAGUGGAUUCCAGAAUUGAGGCACUAUGCACCUGGGGUUCCUAUUAUCCUUGUCGGAACAAAGCUAGAUCUUCGAGAUGAUAAGCAAUUCUUCAAUGACCACCCUGGUGCAGUGCCUAUUACCACUGCUCAGGGAGAGGAACUCAAAAAAUUGAUUGGAGCUCCAGCCUACAUCGAAUGUAGCUCUAAAACGCAGCAGAAUGUGAAAGCGGUGUUUGAUGCGGCCAUCAAGGUAGUGCUCCAGCCUCCAAAGCAAAAGAAGAAGAAGAGAAAGGGACAAAAGAAUUGUUCCAUAUUGUAAUUUGAUUCUCCCAAAGUGAGAAGAAAGUCUCUCUUCCCCAGCUAUCCCCCUAGGUAACUUCUCAUUAUCGUCUUUCCUCCGAUCUGGCCCUGAAAUUGGGAAGCUGAGAAAUCCGUUAUUGUAUAGUAUUUGAGGGUUGUGUUCUUAGGAUGGAAAUUCCAGACUCAUUAUUCGUCUUGCUUUUUUACAUAAUGUUCUCGUCUGUAUUUUGAACUGCAUUCCCUCUCGAGCAUGCUUUCUUGUUGUGUUAGCACUACACGUUUUCAUAACUGUCUGAUGACUUGACAUGGGCUCGAGAGUAGUGGGUGUGGUGUGAGUUAACAGUCAGCUUCUUCGUAGGUUCAAAAUGUCUGGGUUUAUUUGGGUCUUGGUUUGUGGUUCUGGUCGUCGAUGACUGGGAAGAUGAAAGAUACUAUGCAAUGCAAGGAUGAGACAAAAAUGUUUUGUUUAGGUUCGUUGUUGAAGUAUUCUUGUUGUCAUUGCUGUAUGGAGAUUGUGUUAUAAUUCUACAGUGGCUUGAGUGGCUGAGAAAAGGGUACUUAGAUAAACUAGGCGGACUGUUGAUCGUUCAGAUGUAAGUGAUCCGGGAAGGAGAUGCAUGUAUCUUGUGUUUAACGAAACGGAGAUCGGCCAGCUGCAUGAACCCAGGAAACUUUUAUGCUCGACCGAGUGAGUGCCAUUUCUGCAUUUCGUGUUCUGCAUUUCCCAAGUUCUGGCUUUGUGAAACCGUAAAUUGAGUGACUAGACAACAUUCCCCUCAUUAUUUUCCAGCGAGAGUGUGAAGUCAUUCUGUUGGCGAAAGUAGCUCCGAAGGAAAUUGACGGAGGUAUGGGACUACAAUGAGUGAAAGUAAAGCGAUCCAAUCUGCCAUGACCGGUUGCUACUAGAGUAAAUACCCCAGCUUAAA